AUGGUGAUGGAAGUGCUUCAUGAAGACAUGGGCGAAGGUAACAUGCAAUGUACAAACCACCCUUACAAGAACAACACCCCAGGUGGGAUCUGUGCAUUUUGCCUCCAAGAAAAGCUUGGAAAGCUGGUCUCAUCCUCUUUCCCUAUUGCCGUUUUCCCAUCUUCUUCUUCCUCUUCAUCUCCAUCUUUCAGAUCUGACUAUGGCGGUGGCAACACUUCAACUCUGCCACCAUCCAACCCACAAAGUGUUAGUCGCAACAAUGGUGGUCUUUAUCACGAUCAUUAUUAUCCGAGGAGGUCUCGGAUACCUUUUUUGUUAACCCAGAGGAAGAAGAAAAACAAGGAUGUUCCAAUGACAGCUUCAGAUCAGACGAGCAUUGUUUUCAAGAGAAGCAAAUCUACCACUACCCCUAGACGUGGUGUUCAUUUCAUGGAAGCUGAUGAAUCUGAAGACUCUAGUCCUCACCGGCGACGGUUUUGGUCAUUUCUUUACCUGUCAAAGCAUUCCACAAACAGGAAGACCGAUGCAUCACCGGCAACAAUGAGCGCCAUGGGAACAUCUGCGAACGGUUCUUUUUCGCAGCAGAGACAGAGAGAGAAGAAGAAAGAAGAGUUUGUAGUGGUGGAUGAGAACGAGAGUCCUAAUGAGGCUUCGUUUGAUCGGAAGGUUUCCAGAUCUAGAUCUGUUGGGUGUGGAAGCCGGAGCUUCUCCGGGGACUUCUUCGAGCGUAUCUCAACUGGGUUUGGGGACUGCACUCUCCGGCGAGUCGAGUCACAAAGGGAAGGCAAACCGAAGGUGUCCUCUGUGAACCAUGGUCGAACAGGUGGUGGGCAAGACUGUAUCAAAGAGAGAGUCAAAUGUGGUGGCAUUUUCAGUGGCUUUAUGAUCCCCUCAUCUUCCUCUUCUUCAUCAUCUUCGUCUUACUGGCUGUCGUCUUCCACUGAGGAGAAUGUGUGUGGGAAAACACCUACAGUGUGUGUGUCUUCAAGGUCUGGACAUCUUGCUCAUGGAAGGAGUAAGAGUUGGGGAUGGGCUUUUGCAAGUCCCAUUAGAGCUUUCAGUAAGCCUUCUUCUGGGAAGAGAGAAGCUACAAAUAAGAACACCACCCCCAACCUGGCUGCCAUUCCUUCCUUGUUGGUUGCAGGAGGCUAAAAAGCUUACUUCUCUGAUUAGCUAAAACUACACAGUCUAUUGGUUUGGCUGCUGUGAAAAGUGCAAUGGAGUAUAGAAAGAUCCAUUUGUUAAGAUCCAAUGCUGAAAUUGUUUUGAAGCUGAUUGAUGCAGCCACAAUUGAGAUGGAUUGUGUAUUUCACAUACAGAAUCUUGGAAGGGUGGUCCUUACCUCUCUGAAAGCUAAUUUCUUGUUUAUCCUUGCUUGAGGCAGUCUCUCUGUUACUUUAGGACCCCAGAUUUAAAGUAACCCGAGUUGUGGAAGGUCAUAUGUACACAAUCUUAUGCAUGAUAGAGAGAGACAGUUACUGCGGGUCAAACUCAGUGAUGCCAAAUCACAAUGGAAUAACAUUAGCGCUGUGCCAAGACCUGCUCUCUUGUUAGAGGAAACAAAUUCUUGAGUUUAUUUUCUGGAUUUACUUACUUUGUAAUUGGCAGCUGUACUGUUUAUUUGUAAGUUCAAUGGUCAUAUAUGGCA